UACAUUUUUGUAUAUAAAGCUUAAAAUAUAACAUUUAUUUUCCUUAUAUUAAUUUUAGAUCCACCCAACAUAGUAAACAAACAUUCAACAUCAAUCCUCUUGAGGAAUUGUUGGAUAAAUUAUAUGUAUAAUUGUACAGUAAAUUUCACAAACUUAUAUCGAAAUGUUGCAGGGCAAUGAAUCAAACAUCUAAAAAUUAUAUGAUACAUUUUCUACCUUUAAUAUCAAUAGCUUUUAUUAAGAUCUCUUUUUUUAAAUGUUGGUGGCUUUCACUGAUGCCCUGCAGAAGCCUCACAAAUCCUGCUGGUAUUGCGUCAAACCCCUCGAUGCACAUUCAGUUUUGCUCUGCGUCACACAUCCUUCAGUCUCAGCACUGCUGUCUAGUCUUCGGCUGACGAUGCACUGACAUGCCAAAGAGAGAGAAGAGGAGUGUACUGCCUCUAAAAUGAGCCGCUGUGAGGAGAGAGAGGAUGAGGAUGCUGUUCAGACCCAGACAGUACCAUCUCCAGUCUCUAGCUGUGUGUCUGUGAAGAGUGACAGCUCCAUGGCCAAACCUCCUGGCUUUAGUGAUGGAGUGGGAGUCUCUAAUUCUAGGUAAGAUAUGUCUUUAUCCAAAAGCAUUCAAUGCAUGAUGAAGCAGAAUGCAGUUGCAAUGCCCCUAUAAAUCAAGUUAUAAAAGCAAAAAAAUCCCAGUAUGGGUUUUUGCUAUUUAUAUUUAUGAGAUACAAUGUAGCAGUGAAGUAAUAGCACUCAAGCAAGAAUGCUGUUUAAUUUAUAGACCAAAAACUGUCAUUCAGAUCUCCCUUCAAUUAUUUUUUGGGGUGAUAUCGCUAAGUCAUGUUUAUGGCUGCUCUACCUUUAAGUUCUCUUAAAAUAAUAAUUGAUCAGACACAGCUUUAUUUCAUAUGAAUAUUUCCACAUAAUAUUUCCAGACACCACACUCAGACGGCAGCAUCUCCAGUCUCCAGCUGUGUGUCUAUGAAGAGUGAUGGCUCCAUGGCCAAACCUCCUGGCUUUAGUGAUGGAGCGGGAACCUCUAAUUCGAGACAGCACACUCAGAGGGCAGCAUCUCCAGUCUCUAGCUGUGUGUCUAUGAAGAGUGACAGCUCCAUGGCCAAACCUCCUGGCUUUAGUGAUGGAGCGGGAACCUCUAAUUCAUGCUUCACUGCCGAUGUGCUGCAUGCUGCCUGCUGUGAGAGGAAGCUCAGGUUUGUGAAAUCCUGCCUGACCUGCGCUGCGUUCUACUCCGAGACCCACAUCAGACAGCACUACACAGAACCAGCCCUGCACACUCUGGUGGAGGAGACUGGAGACCUGGUGCAGAAUUCACACCAACUAGUUGAUAAUGUCUUGCAGAGUGUCAAAGAGAAACACAAAACCAGCAUGAAAAGGAAGUAUGAGAGCUUAUUUGAAGGAAUCAAACACCAGGGGAAUGAAACCCUCCUAAACAGCAUCUACACACAGCUCUACAUCAUAGAGGGAGAGAGAGAAGGAGUGAAUGAAGAACAUGAGGUUUUACAGAUGGAGAAAAUGCCCAGAACACAACAAUUACAAGACACUCCAAUCAACUGCAAUGACAUUUUUGAUCCCUUACCUGAACCAGGUUAUGAGAAGAAUAAAAGAAGGAGGAAAGACAAAAUCAAGACUGUUCUUACUAAAGGCAUCGCUGGAAUCGGAAAAAACCGUCUCUGUGCAGAAGUUUUCAUUUUGGACUGGGCCGAGGGUAAAGCCAAUCAGGAUGUAGAUUUCAUGUUUGUGCUUACAUUUCGAGAGCUGAACUUGAUUAAAGAUGAUCAGUACAGUCUUCACAGACUUCUGCUGGACUUUCAACCAGGACUUCAAGAUCUGGACCCAAAGCUAUAUGAUCUAUGUAAAGUUGUAUUCGUUUUUGACGGUCUGGAUGAAAGCAAAAUUAAACUUGAAUUUUCAGACAGUGAGAAAGUUUGUGAUGUGACUGAGAAGUCAUCAUUGGGUGUGUUGAUGUCAAACCUCAUCAGAGGGGAUCUGCUUCCAUCUGUUCUCAUCUGGAUCACCUCCAGACCAGCAGCAGCCAAUCAGAUCCCGUCCAAAUACAUCAACCGUCUGACAGAAAUUAGGGAUUCAAUGAGCCUCAAAAGGAGGAGUAUUUCCAGAAAGAAUCAGUGACCAGCAUCAAGCCAGCAGAAUCAUCUCACACAUUUAAAGCCGUCAAGAAGCCUCCACAUCAUGUGCUACAUACCAGUCUUUCUGUUGGAUCUCAGGCCACUGUUGCUUCAAAACAUCAUGAAACAAGAUCACUGUGCAGAAAUCCCCAAAACUCUGGACUGAAAUGUACAUACACUUC